AUGACCUGCCUGAACAACCAUCUCAGCCCUCAGAUUCUGCUGUGGGGCUCAUUGGCGCUCUCAUUCAAUGCAUCGACGCUUGAGCACCUGUGUGCAGUGCUUAGGCAACACGAAGAGAAUUUUUGGCUUGCUGAUGUUCUGAAGACGCUUCCUCACGCCUGCAGAACCGUGCUCGCCUCCAUCCCCGCUAACAUUAUCCACCGGGCAACAGGAGACCAAGCACUCAGGCUGUUAAGGGAGCUAGAGGAGCUCUUCAGGGGCAAUCGCCCCAUUGAAACUGCUAUACCGCUACCGCUGCCUAACAGCGUGCUACUCCCUUUGGUGGUCAUAGCUCAGUUGGCCCAGUAUUGUCAGUAUCGGCAUCAAAGGGGUCCAGAGGCGAAGACUACACAGACUCUGGGGCUCUGCACGGGGUUACUCAGCGCCUUUGCUGUGUCGAGCUCUCAGAGCACCGAGGAAUUGCAUAUACAUGGUGCUGCAGCUGUGCGCUUAGGCCUACUGAUUGGGCUCAUGGUCGAUAGCCAGGAUGCCAGCUUAGGACUGGGGCGAUUUCAAUCCCUGAGUGCAGCCUGGAGUACUCCCGAGGGAGAAAAUGAGCUGGCAGACAUCAUCCGGAACUUUCCACAUGCCUAUAUCUCAGUCUACUACGAUGAAAAGCGCGCCACAGUCACAAGCGCUCCGCAAAGCAUACCGGCUCUGGUACGUCGGCUUGAGAGUGCAGGAAUCGCCGUGUCUGAGAUCGGCCUGUACGGACGAUUUCAUUCUGCAGACAAUGAAGGACUGAUAGAUUCACUUACCACCUUCUGCGAUUGCCACGCGGAGUUUCAACUCCCAGAUGCUUCUACGCUCAGACUUGUGUCCCGAUCUAAUAACAGCACCGCAGCUAUCCUGACAGAUGGGUCCUUACAUGUUCAUGCGCUCCGGGCCAUUCUGGUGGAGUCCUCACAGUGGUACCAGGCUUUCUCUGCCACAGUGAGCGCGAACAAUCACGACAAGAGGGUGCAGGUUCUAGACUUCGGGCCCGAACGAAGCAUUCCGCCAUCAUUAGCUGUGAAAGGUCGGCUGAAUAUGCAAGUUUUGUACCUCCCAGAUCAGAAAACGCCGAGUAGGACGGACCAGCAGCCUGAGCGUAUGUGGCAGGAUAACGACAUAGCAGUUGUUGGAAUGGCAUGCAAAGUCCCCGGCGCCAAUAGCAUCGAGGAGUUCUGGGAAUUGUUACUCCGGGGUCAGUCGCAGCACCAGGAGAUCGGCCCCGGCACUGGAACCUCAGGCCGUUUUUACUUUGGCGACACACAGUUCCGCACCAGUGCAGACCCGAAUAUGACCCGCAAGUGGUUCGCGAAUCUCAUCGACGGCCAUGACCAAUUCGAUCAUCGUUUCUUCAAGAAAAGUGCCCGGGAAAGUGCCGCGAUGGAUCCACAGCAGCGCCAUAUCCUACAGGUCGCCUACCAGGCACUCGAACAAAGCGGCUACUUCCAACAUGAAGACGAGAAUCGCGAUACUCACGUCGGAUGCUUCAUCGGUGCAUGCUUGAACGAUUACGAAAAUAACGUAGCCUGCCAUAUCGCCAACGCCUUCACUGCAACAGGGAAUCUGCAAGGUUUUCUGUCGGGCAAAAUCUCCCAUUUCUUCGGCUGGACCGGACCAGGUCUCACCAUAAACACAGCUUGCAGCUCUUCCUUGGUCGCAGUGCAUCAAGCCUGCCAGGCGAUACUGGCGGGAGAUUGCGUGGCAGCGCUUGCCGGUGGGUCGCACAUCUUGACCUCAGCGGAGUGGUUUCAGAACUUAGCAGCAGGCUCAUUCCUUAGUCCAACCGGUCAGUGUAAGCCAUUUGAUGAGAAGGCAGACGGCUAUUGUCGGGGAGAAGGGGUUGGGGCUGUUGUUCUUAAACGGAUGAGUCGGGCGCUCGCAGAUGGAGAUUCCAUUCUGGGAGUCAUCGCGGCAACUGCGGUGCAGCAGAACCAAAACUGCUCUCCGAUAUUCGUGCCAAAUACUCCAUCAUUGAGUGAUCUAUUCACCAGGGUUAUGGCCAAAGCCGGGGUCACUCCAUCGCAGAUCUCAGUGGUCGAAGCUCAUGGUACUGGGACGGCAGUGGGAGAUCCAGCCGAGUAUGGCAGCAUUCGCAAAGCUUUAGGAGGUUCACAUCGCGGGUUAGGACCGGACCUGAUGGUUUCUUCGUGUACUUCCGGCAUAAUGAGCUUGAUCAAAGGGGCAUUGCCACCCCAGGGUAGCUUCACCGCCGUUAGCACAGCCCUGGAGGCUUCACCGGAGGAUCGAAUCUUCAUCCCGACCCAGGAUCGUCCGUGGCAGACAGACUUUCGUGCAGCCUUGAUCAACAAUUAUGGCGCUUCGGGAUCCAAUGCGUCUGCAGUGGUCGUGCAAGCCCCGAUUCAAAGUCGAAUACAGAAGGCUAGAGCAACGGUUCAGCCUGGGAUCAAGUAUCCAUUCUGGAUCAGUGGAUCGGACAACAAAGCUCUUCACCGCAACGCGCAGGCCUUUCAAAGAUAUCUCGCAAAGUUGGGACCGAACGCUUCGCUCGCCAAUGUCUCAUUUAAUUCUGCCCACCAGGGUAAUCGCACCCUGGGCUCAAGACUAAUCUUCGCAGCCAGCUCAUCGGAGGAGUUGGACGACCGCCUGAAGAAGUUUGCUCAAGUGAAGGACGAUGCAGACCGCUGCUUUGGAGCACCGGGAUCAACUCCCAACCUGAUAUUGUGCUUUGGGGGUCAGACCUCCUCCUACGUGGGGUUGGACACUCAGGUAUACGAGAAUGUUGCCAUCUUUCGCCUUCAUCUUGACCACGUCGAUGCCGUUGCCCAGUCUCUAGGAUCGAUAACAAACAUAGUUGAGCUCCAGGUGAUGCUUUUCGCCGUUCAAUAUGCUUGUGCACGCAGCUGGUUGGACUCCAAGAUCAAGCCCUCUGCCUUACUCACAGCCCUGUGCAUUUCCGAGGUCUUGACAGUGGAGGAUACUUUAAAGAUGAUUGUGCGACGCUCCACUUUAGUGCGUGAUCGCUGGGGACCUGAUAAAGGCGAUCUCAAUGUGGUUACUGAACCGGCCUCAAUCGCAUGCUACAACGGACCAAGGAGCUUUACUGUGGCUGGUCCGGUUCGCGUUAUUGAUGCCUCCCUCAGAUGCAAAAAAUUGAAUGUUACAAAUGCGUUUCAUUCUGUGCUGGUGGAUCAAAGUGCCGAGGAUUUGGUAUUUCACAGACCCAAGAUCCCCAUCGAGUUCGCCACAGAAGGGGUCACGGAUGAAUCCAAACUAACCGGGCAAUUUGUGGCGGACCAUAUGCCUGUCAUGCGGUUGAAGAGGCGAUAUGGUUCAUCCCAGUGUGUCUUCCUCGAGGCAGGCACAAACUCCACUAUCACCUCGAUGGCGGCUCAUGCCCUGGCUGGGGCUCCAGGCGUCCAUAGCUUCCAUGCCGUGAACAUUGCCAACUGUGAGGAUGGAUGGAACAGAUUGACCGAGAGCAUCGUUUCGCUGUGGAAAUUAGGCCUGAACGUCCAACACUGGGCUCAUCACAAGAAACAAAGCACGCUGCAAGUUGACGUCAAGCCUUUGUUUCUACCUCCGUACCAGUUCGAUCCAGAAAGUCGCCAUUGGAUGACAUUAAAAUCACCAAUUGAGGCACCACCGGCAACAAAGGAUGACCCAGUAGCUCGAGAGAAGGCGCUGGCUUUUGUUGGUUACACAGAUGGCUCGAUUGAGAGGCAGGCAUUGUUCGAAAUCAACACCACCACAGAAAAAUACAAACAGCUUCUGAAUGGGCACGUCACAAUCGACACUGCGCCCAUUCUCUCAGCGACACUCCAAAUUGGAUUUGUACUCGAUGGGAUAGGGAUCAUGUACUCAGGGAUCCAGACACAGCAACGCCAGCCACAGAUUCAUGACGUCGAAUACGUAUCGCCAGUUUGCGCCAAUGGUAGUCAAAAGACGUACAUCGAGAUCAGCCCAGACACAGUGGGUGAAUUUCAGUGGACAUUCAAAGUAUUUAGCCGAACUCGAAAUGAUUCUACAGCCAACGAAAUGCUGCAUACCAAAGGCAAGAUAGCAUUGACAUUUCCCGAAGAUUCUGAUCUGAGGCGUCAGCUUAUCCGCUUUGAGAGAUUGUUCCAACACGCUCGCGCGCUGGACUUGCUGGAAAGCCCCAGGGUUACCGAGACGCUUGCCAAUCGAACAAUCUACCGCAUCUUUUCGGAUAUUGUGGAUUACGGGGCUGAAUUUCGGGGACUGCAGAAGCUGACCGUUCAAGGCAACGAAACUGCCGGUCACAUCAUUCGCCUGAGCCAAAACCCUCGCUUGUGGUUCGACCCCCAUCUUGCCGACACUUUCUGCCAAUUGGGCGGUUUGUGGAUCAAUUGUUUCACUGACCGAGAUCCCGGCUAUGUCUACCUUGCAAAUGGCAUUGAUCAGUGGUUGCGGGCCCAUCCAACCAGUACACGAGUCAACAGCUUUCAUGCCUAUGCAGUGCAUCAGCGUCCAUCAGAACAGGCCUCCCUAACCGAUGUGUUUGUCUUCAAUGGCGUGGACGGAACCCUGGUAGAGGUCAUAUUAGGAAUCUCCUAUGUCAAGAUUCCCAAGGCAUCCAUGACGAAGCUGCUCACCUCUCUCACAGAGCCGUCAUGGCUGCCUGCGUCCCUGAGAUCCAAUGCUAGGCCGAAUAAUUCUUCAAUUUUAACUCAGGCAUUUGACUUAGACGGGGGCAACUCAGACCACCGUGCUCAUUCCUCAACAGAAACAGGGAACCCAAUGCCAGGUCAUGCACGGCCAGAGCCGCUAUCGCAAAAGUGUCACGAUAAGCCCACUGGGUGGAAAUUAGCUGACGUAACAGAAACAGUGAAGGGGAUUAUCGCAGAGUUGUCGGGACUGGAUGUGAAAAUGAUCGGGGACAACAGUAUGAUGGCUGACUUGGGCAUCGACUCCCUUGCUGGCAUGGAGAUGAUCCACGAGAUAGAAUCUGCUCUCAGAAUGACGCUUCCGCAGACAGAUGUCCUACAAGUGGUUGACAUGCCGAGCUUGAUGGCUUGCAUCAUUCGAGAGUUAGGUAUCGAGACAAUGGACGGUGACACCGAUGAACCAAGUGCCAUCUCUUCUUUCGACGAAGAUGCCACAGACCACACAAGUAGCAGUAUGAGCAGUGCAUUCUCCGAGUCUUACCUACAAGACGAACUUGAGAAGGGCUCGGAAACAAAUCUUCUUUCUUUGUUGCCAUUCGAGAAUGUGACGAGUGCUUUCAGCGAGACAAAAAGGAUCACCGACAGUCGCAUUGAAGAGAUGGGAGAUGUCGCCUAUGUCGCUCAAUCACUUCCACUGCAAAAUCAACUUACCGUCGCAUUGACCAUUGAGACAUUCGAAAAAUUGGGUGCAGGAUUCCAUAAUGCCAGCUCUGGCACCCAGCUUUCGCGAAUCCCGCACCGCAGCGAGCAUAAGCGAUUCGUGGCACAUUUAUACAAGAUGCUGGAAACUGAAACUCAAAUCAUCAAGAUAGACGAUGACAGGAUCACACGAACAGCUGUGCCACUCCCAGGACGGCACAGCAAAGAGAUAUACAAAGAGCUCCUCAGCAAACAUUCCAGCCAGCAGUCGGCAACGGAGCUGAUUCAGUAUGCCGGGCAUGCUCUAAGCCAGGUAUUAAUGUGUGAAACGGAUGGAGUGAAACUGCUAUUCGGACAAAAGGAGGGCCGCGACCUGCUCAGUCGAUGGUACGCAGAAUGGCCGUUGAAUCGAGCACUCAUCACCCAGGUGGAGGAUCUUCUUAGUCGACUCUGUGAGACAAUAAAGCGCCGGUCCAGCGCGAUAGAUCUAGGCAAACAAAGCCCACUUCGCGUCUUGGAAAUGGGAGCGGGCACCGGCGGAACAACAAAGCGCAUUGUGCCGCUGUUGGCGCAAUCAGGCAUACCGGUCGAAUAUACCUUCACAGAUCUGUCCCCUUCCCUGGUAGCGACAGCACGAAAAACUUUCGGAAAGCAGUAUCCUUGGAUGACAUUCCGUACCCAUGACAUUGAGAAGGAACCAGAGGAGGACCUAGAAGGCAGGCAUCAUAUUGUGAUUGCGAGUAAUGCUAUUCAUGCAACCAAGUCCUUGUGUGUAAGCACAGCGAACGUGCGCAAAGCGCUGCGGUCAGAUGGAUUGCUGGUCAUGAUAGAGAUGACACGCCCGCCAUGGUGGGUUGAUCUAAUAUUUGGGAUGUUCGAGGGCUGGUGGCUUUUUGAAGAUCAACGAGAGCACGCAUUGGUGCAUGAGGCGGCAUGGAAGAAGCAUCUUCAGGCUGCUGGGUAUGGCUAUGUCGCAUGGACAGACGGUGACAGGCCCGAGACUCAGAUUCAAAAAGUGAUCCUCGCGGCGGCUGAUACAGCGACACGACACGAAUCAAUAUCAGAUUCGCGAAGAAUCCCACCAUCGGCCGACUGCGCAGCCCGCGAGGUAACUGUGUCACAGUACGUUCAGGACCUUACACAAGGGUUCGAAGAAGCAAUGCGACACCCUUCUGGGAGCAAAGUGACUCUCUCAAGGCCAACCGGCAGAUGUGUCCUGAUAACCGGUGGCACUGGAGGGUUGGGGGCACACCUGGUGGCGGAGGCGGCUUUACGCGGUGACGUGGCACAGGUCAUCUGUCUCAACCGUUCUGAUAAGCGUCAGACAGCGCGACCGAGGCAGAUUCAAGCCUUGCUCAAGCGGGGCAUUGUUCUCCCUUUCGACGCCCAGGCUAAGAUACAGGUUUUCGAGGCGUCAACAGACAUGGCUCGGUCGAAGACAUUGGGCCUGACAAGUGAAACAUACCAGUUUCUGGUUAAACAUGUGACGCACAUUGUGCACAAUGCAUGGUUAAUGCAUGCCAAAUGGCCUGUCCGGCGAUUUGAGCCACAGUUGCGCAUCAUGGCUCAUCUGCUGGAGCUGAGUGGCGCGAUUUCAUGCCAGCGACCCAAAGACUGCCCAGUCAGCUUCCAGUUCAUCUCUUCUAUCGCCACUGUUGGCCACCAUCCGAUCAGGACCAACACACCUAUUGUACUCGAGGACCGUGUCAACAUCGACAGUGUCCUUCCCACGGGCUACGGCGACGCCAAGUAUAUUUGUGAACGAAUGGUCGAUGCAACACUUCACCGACAUCCGGAACGCUUCCGGGCCACCAUCGUACGCCUAGGCCAGAUUGCCGGUAGCACAAUCAACGGGUAUUGGAAUCCAUUCGAGCAUGUGCCGUUUCUGCUCAAGUCGUCCCAGACAUUGGGCGUGCUGCCUGACCUACCGGGGACGAUGGGGUGGACGCCGGCGGAUGACAUUGCGCGGGGUCUGCUUGAAAUUUUGUGCCAGCCCGAGACGCUCUCACUGUACCCAGUGUAUCACAUUGAAAAUCCCGUUCGUCAGCGAUGGGCGGAGGUCCUGGCGGUGAUCGCAGUGGAGAUGGGCAUUUCGCAGGAUAACAGUAGAAUUCUCCCCUUCUCAGAAUGGAUCGAUCGCGUGAAGCACUGGCCACGUCAGGAAGACAACAAUGCGCAGGGAGCAAAUCCAGCGUACUUGCUGGUGGACUUUCUAGAGUCCAACUUCAUCCGCAUGAGUUGUGGAGGUCUUCUGAUGGGCACAGCCAAGGCCAGAGAGCAUUCCCCAACUCUGGCUCGACUGGGACCAGUUGAUGAGAGUCUAAUCCGGAGGUUCGUGAGGAGUUGGAGAAAAACGGGGUUUUUGGCUUGA